AUGGAGGAGUUCGAAGAGAAGGUGGAGCAAGCGUUUCGUCUCAACCACCCUGCCCACCAGCACGGUGGCUACUCAUCCACUGAGGUGGACCUCGAAGCCUCAGAACCGCGCACUAACGUUCAGAGUCGCGACUCGGACUAUACGCUGACCGGUUUGGAGAAGGAGGCUUACAUCCCAACCCAACGAGCCUCCAUAGACAGCACUCCAAAUGGGCGGUCAAGUCUCGGCGUGAACGUCGUUGGCGCCGAGAAGGAGUUCGCGGAGUUGCAGCGUGAGCUCAGUCAUGUGUCGAGAAUGCUUUCACGGCAGCAAAGCAGGCGGAGCGAGAAGGGCAGGGUACAGGACGUGGAGAAGGCCGCUUCAACCGGUGUCAGCGACGAACACGAGCCUUUCGACUUGGAAGAGACGUUGAGAGGCAACAAGCGAAUGGAAGAAGAUGCUGGCAUCAAGGGCAAGCAAAUUGGUGUUAUGUGGGAGGACCUCACGGUUAGAGGAAUGGGUGGCAGCAAAAUCUAUGUUCCAACCUUCCCCGACGCGUUCACUGGCUUCUUUGGGUACCCAUUCAAGCUCGCGCUUCGUAUGCUCAAGACUAAUUCGGAAGCGAAAGAAGUCGACAUCUUACACGGCUUCAAUGGCGUAGCUAAGCCUGGUGAGAUGGUGCUCGUCCUUGGGCGACCGGGCAGCGGCUGCACCACCUUUCUAAAAGUCAUGGCAAAUCAACGUUUCGGCUAUACUGCUAUCAACGGCGAAGUGCUCUACGGUCCGUUCACCAGCCAGGAGUUCGAGAAGCGCUACCGGGGAGAGGCUGUCUAUUGCCAAGAAGACGACAUCCAUAACCCGACGCUGACCGUCAAGCAGACUCUGGAUUUCGCGCUUGAGUGCAAAGUUCCAGGACAGCGACCGGGAGGAUUGAGUGUAGCAGAAUUCAGAGACAAGGUCGUGGCGAUGCUGUUGCGGAUGUUCAAUAUCGAGCACACGAGGAAUACCGUGGUCGGCAACCCGUUCGUGCGCGGCAUCUCUGGUGGCGAGCGCAAACGUGUCUCGAUCGCUGAGAUGAUGAUUGCGGGUGCUGCAGUCUGCUCUCACGACAACAGCACGCGCGGUCUCGACGCUUCCACCGCCGUAGAUUACGCGAAAUCGCUUCGCAUCAUCACUAACAUCUACCGUACCACGACAUUCGUGUCCCUAUACCAGGCUUCCGAAAACAUCUACAAGCAGUUUGAUAAGGUGCUGGUUAUCGACCGGGGGCGGCAGGUCUUCUUCGGCCCUGCACAAGAGGCAAGAGCGUACUUUGAGAGCCUUGGGUUCUUGCCGAAACCGCGCCAGACAACGCCAGACUAUCUGACAGGCUGCACGGAUCCGUUCGAGCGCGAAUAUCAGGAAGGCAGAGAUGCUACGAAUGUACCAUCAACCCCUAGCGACCUCGCAGACGCUUUCGAAAGGUCUGACUAUGCUAGUCGCAGAGACCAGGAGAUGUCAACGUACAGAAAGCGGGUUGGCGAAGAGCAGCAAGUGUACGAAGACUUCAAGCUGGCUGUUAUACAAGGCAAAAGGCGUGCAUCGAAGAAGUCCGUGUAUUCAAUACCCUUCUAUCUGCAGGUCUGGGCUCUGAUCAAGAGGCAGACGACCCUGAAAUGGCAGGAUCGCUUUGAGCUUACAGUCUCAUGGGUCACAUCUAUCGUGAUUGCUAUCGUAAUAGGUACGGUUUGGCUGCAGCAACCUCAAACGUCUGCUGGAGCGUUCACGAGAGGCGGUGUGCUAUUCAUUGCACUGCUGUUUAAUUGCUUCGAAGCUUUUAGCGAGCUUGCGAAUACCAUGGUGGGCAGACCCAUGCUCAACAAGCAUCGAGCCUACACGUUCCACAGACCCUCGGCGCUAUGGCUUGCACAGAUGGCGGUGGACCUGACUUUCGCCUUUCCAAGAAUACUGGUCUUCUCGAUUAUCGUCUACUUCAUGACAGGGCUGGUGCUCAACGCUGGCGCAUUUUUCAUAUUCGUCUUGGUCAUUGUCUCCGGCUAUCUAGCGAUCACUCUCUUCUUCCGUACCGUGGCUUGUAUGUGCCCGGACUUUGAUUCCGCCAUCAAGUUUGCAGCCGUCAUCAUCACCUUGUUCGUCUUGACGAGUGGCUAUCUCAUCCAAGAUCAGUCACAACAAGUCUGGCUGAGAUGGAUCUUCUACAUCAACGCACUGGGCCUCGGUUUCGCAGCCAUGAUGAUCAAUGAGUUCAGCCGGAUAGACCUGAUGUGCACAGGCACAUCCCUCAUCCCAUACGGUCCCGGGUAUGGCGACAUCAACCAUCAGGUGUGCACACUGCUCGGUAGCCAACCGGGCACGCCUGUUGUGACUGGGGACAGCUAUGUCGAGACAGCGUUCUCGUACUACCCCGAUCAGCUUUGGCGGAAUUGGGGCAUCAUAUUGGCGCUUAUAGUCUUCUUCUUGGUCACUAACGUCUCGCUUGGAGAGUACAUCAAGUGGGGAGCUGGUGGCAAGACGGUCACUUUCUUCGCCAAAGAGAACAGUGAACGCAAAAGAUUGAAUCAGGAUUUGCGAGCGAAGAAGGCGCAGCGCACCAAAGGCGAGGAGCAGUGCACUUCGGAGCUGAAGGUCGAAUCUGACUCGGUGCUGACGUGGGAGGACUUAUGUUACGAUGUGCCGGUGCAUUCCGGACAACUCCGCCUACUCAACAACGUCUUUGGAUAUGUCCGACCGGGAGAGCUAACAGCGCUCAUGGGCGCUUCUGGUGCUGGGAAGACCACGUUACUGGACGUACUGGCCUCUCGAAAGAACAUCGGUGUCAUUUCCGGAGACAGGCUUGUCGACGGGAUGCCGCCUGGUGCAGACUUCCAACGUGGCACGAGUUACGCCGAGCAGCUUGAUGUGCAUGAAGGUACACAGACGGUGAGAGAAGCUCUCCGCUUCUCUGCAGAUCUGAGGCAACCGUAUGAGACGCCGCAGGAGGAGAAGUAUGCUUAUGUGGAAGAAAUCAUUGCCCUUCUCGAGAUGGAAGACAUCGCAGAUGCAAUUAUCGGAAGCCAGGAAAGUGGCUUGGCGGUCGAACAGAAGAAGAGAGUGACCAUUGGUGUGGAGCUUGCUGCUCGCCCUUCUUUGCUGCUCUUCCUAGACGAGCCCACAAGCGGGUUGGACAGCCAGAGUGCUUUCAACAUCGUCCGCUUCUUGCGCAAGCUUGCUAGAUCCGGCCAAGCCAUCCUCUGCACAAUCCAUCAACCGAACGCUUCACUCUUCGAGAGCUUCGACCGCCUACUACUACUACAGAAGGGUGGGCAGUGCGUCUACUUUGGCGAGAUUGGCAGCGAUGCCAACGUUCUGAUUGACUACUUCGCUAGGAACGGCGCAGACUGCCCGCCCGAUGCCAACCCUGCUGAGUGGAUGCUCGACGCUAUCGGCGCUGGUCAAACAGCACGAACAGGCGACAGAGACUGGGCAGACAUAUGGCGCGAGAGUCCAGAGCUGGUCCGGACUAAAGAUGACAUCGUGCGGAUCAAGGCAGAAAGGAGCUCAGCAGUCCAGUCUCAAUCCCGUGUCGAGCAGAAAGAGUACGCCACGCCACUCUGGCACCAGAUCAAGAUCGUACAAAAACGCGCACACAAAGCCUUCUGGCGCUCGCCCAACUACGGCUUCACGCGCUUCUUCAACCAUGUCGCCAUCGCCUUAUUGACGGGCCUUAUGUUCCUUAACCUCAACGACUCGCGGACCAGCCUGCAAUACCGUAUCUUCGUCAUCUUCCAAGUCACGGUCCUUCCCGCACUCAUUCUGGCUCAAGUAGAGCCGAUGUACGACCUCAGCAGAUUGAUCUAUUACCGUGAGGCGGCCUCGAAGACGUACCGUCAGCUCCCCUUCGCCCUUUCCAUGGUACUGGCCGAAAUGCCAUAUAGCGUCCUCUGCGCUGUCGGCUUCUUUGUCACCAUCUACUACCCAGCCGGCUUCAAUUUGGCGAGCAGUCGAGCCGGAUACACCUUCUUCGUCGUGCUGAUCACCGAAAUCUUCUCAGUGACCCUCGCUCAAACGAUCUCGGCUCUGACGCCGAGUACCUUCUUUGCCGUCCUGCUCAACCCCUUCGUUAUUGUCAUCUUCGCCCUUUUCUGCGGUGUCGCGGUGCCUAAGCCGCAGAUUCCGGAGGGCUGGCGGGUGUGGCUAUACCAGCUUGACCCGUUCACGCGGCUUAUUUCGGGGUUGGUGGCGACAGAGCUGCAUGGACUGCCAGUGGUGUGUACAGAGACAGAGCUGAAUCACUUCACAGCACCCGCGGGCCAGACGUGCGGAGAGUACAUGGCGAGCUUCUUCGCGAACGGCGGUCCCGGCUACAUCGUCAACAACAUGACCUCAGACUGCGCAUACUGUGCGUAUAGCGUCGGCGAUCAAUUCUAUGAGCCACUUGGCAUCAGCUUUGACAAGCGAUGGAGGGAUUUUGGCAUAUUAUGCGCGUUUAUCGGGAGCAAUUUGAUAUUGCUGGCCAUCGGCAGUAGAUACCUGAACUUCAACAGGCGCUAG